AUGGAUGCACCAUCGAGUAUAGAGGAAUUGACAAGACUCCUACGAGAAGCUGAGCAGCGCGCGGAGGAGGAGCGACAACGCGCCGAGAGGGAACAGCAACGCGCCGAGAGGGAACAGCAACGCGCCGAGGGAGCAGAGAGAGAACGACAGGAGGAGCGACAACGCGCCGAGAGGGAACAGCAACGCGCCGAGGGAGCAGAGAGAGAACGACAGGAGGAGCGACAACGCGCCGAGAGGGAACAGCAACGCGCCGAGGGAGCAGAGAGAGAACGACAGGAGGAGCGACAACGCGCCGAGAGGGAACAGCAACGCGCCGAGAGGGAACAGCAACGCGCCGAGAGGGAACAGCAACGCGCCGAGGAAGCAGAGGAACACACACGACUCACGACGCUUGACGAAUACAUUGCAGCUUGCCAUGAUUCCGUCUUCUCUCGCUUCGCCAUCGAAACAGAUCCAAAACUGACCUCAAAGGGCCCGUUGACCAACCCGCGUAACAAGUGGUGUCCUAAAAACCUCAGGCCAUGGCCCAACUUCCUUCAUCAACAGAGGGUCACCUUCGGUACACUGCACCAUUCAUUUCCUACCGAAAGCCGCCUUUUCGAGAACCGAAACUUCCUGGCCGGCAUGGGGAACCGGGUCUCCCAACGACCGAUAGGAGACGAGAAGACGCUCGAAUAUUUCCUACAUAAUAGCGUGGAGGAUCCGGUUAGGGCCAUCGUACAACAUCUUAAACAGGUCGAAGAGGUCGGCAGGGAUUUUCAGAUCGGAGAUGGUGUCGUCUUUGAGAACCAUCCCCAUGCCCUCAGCGAUGUUGCCGAAGAAGUGGUUGAGAGGGAGACCCCAUCGACGCCGCCGCGGACGCCGGACCACGGAAUAGAUCUCAACCAGUUGCGGCCGGAUCAAAUCUGCGUCUAUCGAUCCGACAACACGCCGUCUUCCCAGCGCACAAUGGUUUACGUUUCCGAGUACAAGCCGCCCCACAAGCUGACCGCUCCGCACCUUCGCCUCGGUCUCCGCCCCAUGGACAUCUACAGGGAAGUUGUGAACCGAAGGACGAUUCCAACUUCUAUUAACCCUGACGCGCGUUUCCAGUACCACGCGGAGAAGCUGACGGCAUCUGCCAUCACGCAGACGUAUCACUACAUGAUUGAAAGCGGCCUUGGGUAUGGUCUUCUUACUACUGGCGAGGCUAUCGUGUUUCUCAACAUCGACUGGGACGACGACCCUGAGACUCUGUACUAUCAUCUAGCAGAGCCUGGUCCGGAGGUGUCGGCACAUCCAAACAACCUCCAUAUAUGCACGGCUGUCGGUCAAUAUCUAGCGUUCACCCUCAUGGCUCUCGGUGCGCCUGGAGAGCGACGGGAGAUUAGCCAGGAGGAACGUCAAAAAGCUAUGAAUGGCUUGAAGAGGUGGUCUGAGGACUUCGAAUCGACAUUCCGUUCUAUCCCAGAAAAUGAACGAUCGGUGUCGUCAGCCUACUCUCCUGGCCAUGAACCUACCACCUACAAGGAUGUCGAUCGGUCGCCGGCCUUGCCGCGCAGAAGGACGCGUCGAACUGCCAAGUGCCAGAUUGGCGAGGGGUCGUUGAGGAAGGACGGCAAGCCGGAACCAUCUGAUGACGAGUCGGCAUCCAGGCCACCGGACACGCCUACGCCAACUGGACGAAACGCAAGACAAGGAACCAGGCGGAGCCGGCGACUGGCGUUGCGGCCGCCGCGCGGAGACGGCGAGCAGGGUCGGCAGUACUGUACGCAGAAAUGUCUUCUCGGGAUGGUCAAGGGUGGUUUUCUUGACCCAGAGUGCCCGAACGUGGCGCUUCACUGCGGGAGCUGCGCUACCGCCCGCGCACGUCAUCCUGUCGACCACAAGGAGUGGCUUCGCCUACUCCGGAAGCAGCUGGAACAGUCUCUCGACGACGGGAUCAGGCCAUUGGGGGAAGGUGGUGCGCGGGGUGUGCUUUUCCAAGUGACCCUACUUGCUCAUGGCUACACCUUUGUGAGCAAGGGCACGGUGCGGGCUUUCAUCAAAGAUCUCCAGCACGAGGCUGCUGUCUACGAGCGUCUCAAGCCAGUGCAAGGCGUCCACGUGCCCGUUUUCCUGGGUGCGGUUGACCUUCGAUCGAUGAACAAGACUUACUACUACGACCACCGGGUCUACGUGGUGCACUUGACAUUUUUGUCCUGGGGAGGCUGCAGCGUCGACGGAGCGCAGAGGGCUGGCGGCAUGAGCAGGUCGCUCGAAGACGAGGCCAUUCGGUCCUUGAGAGCCAUGCAUCGAGAGCGCGUGGUCCACAAAGACGUGAGGCUCGCAAACAUGUUAUUCAAUCCCGAGACCGGCGGGAUUAUGGUGAUCGACUUUGAACGGGCUUUGCUGCUCAACCCGCCUCGACGUCCGCUGGCGCAGCUGGUGCCGAACAAGCGAGCGUGGCAGUCGGAGACGAUGGAUGGCAAGAAGGUAACUGGUGAUUCGAGCAAGCGAAGUCGGUCAAGUCAAAGCUUUUUAGAGGAUAUCCGGUUGGCAAAGACGGCGUUCUUGGAGUGGAAUGCUAAGCCAUAG